GGGGGAUUUAUCGCAUGACAGCUCUCUCUCCCUCUCUCACAUACUCGACCCGAAUUACUGGCAAUAGACGGUUCGGAUCCUCAGCCGGAGGCUCCGAUCUCCGCCAUCAGCAGCCGUGGCUCCGGCGGCGCAACAACAACGACAAAGCCUUUCUCGUCGAAAGCCAUCAUCUUCGUCGUCUAAUCCGACUGUAAUUUCUGGGCCGACUCGCAUAGUCUAUAGAGAAGCCCUAAACGAGUCUUCGGAGUUGGAUCUCAACCUUCCCUUCUGGCAACGGACUUGGUUCAUUGUACUACUCCUCAUCAUGGCCUUCUCUCUCUUCUUCCUCGCCAUCUUCCUCUUCCUCACCCUCGACUCCGAUUUCACCUCCCCUGUUUCCGCUGCUUCUGAGGGCGUCCAGAUUACUUAUGGUUCGGCCAUCAAGCUAAUGCACGAAAGGACAAAAUUCCGGUUGCAUUCACAUGAUGUGCCAUAUGGUUCUGGCAGUGGGCAGCAGUCGGUUACUGGCUUCCCCAAUGUUGAUGAUUCCAAUAGCUACUGGAUUGUUAGGCCUGUGCCAGACACAGAUGCUAAGCAAGGGGACGCAAUCAAAAGUGGAACAAUCAUCCGAUUGCAACAUAUGAGGUCAAGGAAAUGGCUACAUAGCCACUUGCAUGCAUCCCCAAUUUCAGGAAAUCUCGAGGUAAGUUGCUUUGGAGGGGAUGGCGAAUCUGAUACUGGGGAUUAUUGGAGACUUGAAAUAGAGGGAAGUGGGAAAUCUUGGAGGCAAGAUCAAAGGAUCAGGCUUCAUCAUGUGGACACUGGUGGUUACCUACACAGUCACGACAAGAAAUACACCCGAAUAGCUGGGGGUCAGCAAGAGGUUUGUGGUGUACGAGAAAAGCGUACUGAUAACAUUUGGUUGGCCACAGAGGGUGUCUACCUCCCACUUACAGAAAGCAAGUAGAAGUCACCUAGGUUUCGGCAUCCUUAAACAGUAGACAUAUGUUUUCAGUUUCUUAAAGGGCUUUUUGCUGGGUCAUCUUAGCUGUACAUGCUAAUGAUUUAAUUCUCGAGCAACUGGUUUAUUAUAAUUCUGGGUACAACUCAUUUUAGUAGUUUAUAAUGGUUUUAGUAUUUACUAUUCAAUGUAUCGUGCAUCGAUCUGAAUAUGAAUAUGGUGCAUCUCUGGUCAUAAGAAAGUCACAUUUCUUGUUCUGAACUGCCUACGGAUAUUCAACUUCAGACAUAUAUUUUUUUUUUCUCUCCUCA